AUGUCAGGGAGGGGUCCGGGUAUAACUUUUACCAAUCCGUGUCAGCACGGAUUUCUGAGGAAUGUCAGGGAGGGGCUGAUCUUCCCUAGAGUCCCUGGUGCAACUGCCAAGAAGUCGGUUGCAGCAGAGGAGCUCAUAUCACGCCUCCCCUUCUCUCCCCCUCCUUCCUUCCUGCCUCAGGCGUUCCUGGCCCUGGAGGAGCUGCGCAAGAGAGAGUCCCUGUCGGAGGAGCAGCUGCUGGUAGCAGAGAAGCUCAUCUCUUGCAACCCUAACGUUUGGCAUGCUUGUGUUGUUCGCAUACGCCCCUGUCUUCCUCCUGCCACAGGCGUUCCUGGCCCUGGAGGAGCUGCGCAAGAGUGCGUCGCCAUCAGAGGAGCAGCUGCUGGCAGCAGAGAAGCUCACCUCGUGCAGCCUCAAAUGUUUGACAUGUUCGUGUUAUUCGUUUGCCCCCUUGUGCCUCAGGCCUUCCUUGCUCUGGAGGAGCUGCGCAAGAGUGCGUCGCCAUCGGAGGAGCAGCUACUGGUAGCAGAGAAGCUCACCUCGUGCAGCCUCAAAUCUGCGCAAGAGUGCGUCGCCAUCGGAGGAGCAGCUACUGGUAGCAGAGAAGCUCACCUCGUGCAGCCUCAAAUGUUUGACAUGUUCGUGUUAUUCGUUUGCCCCCUUGUGCCUCAGGCCUUCCUUGCUCUGGAGGAGCUGCGCAAGAGUGCGUCGCCAUCGGAGGAGCAGCUACUGGCAGCAGAGAAGCUCAUCUCGGAGGCAUUCUCCAUCAUCGACCGGUCGGUGAAGGUCAACGCCAUUCAUGAGAACAAGGGCGCGCGCCGCAAGGCUCGGCUCUCCCGGGCCAAGCGCGCUACGCUGCCAAGGAGUGUCAAGGCAGGGAGAGAAGGCAGCGGGAAGAAGAGGGUGGUGUUACCAGUGACUCGCGCUGCUGUUACAGCUGGUAACCCGGUUGACGAAGGAUCUGGGAACGCACCCGUUGGGCGAAAGAAUAACGCGCAGCAGGCUGCACUACACAGGAGCACGUUAGACAUGAUAAAGAGCGAGAAGCUGGGCAUUUUCUCUCUCAACACCUGGGUGGUACACCACUUCCGGCACCUCGUGGCUCAAGUCAACGCUUUGGAGCCAGCGAUGCAGGCACUUUCUGAUAAGCAGUUGCGGCGCAAGACACGCGAGUUCAAGAAGCGGUUGAAGCAGGGAGAGACGCUGGAUGACAUACAGGCAGGUGCUGCUGAUGUUUUCGCCCCUCCCCUUUCCUUUGGCUCUACACUGCAUCAUUGA